UUUUAAGACUCGAUAGAUUAAUUAGCACAAAAAACCAAUCCAAAAAAAUGUAAAACGAGAAAUAUAAAACCAGUAAGUAACACAAAGUAAUUUGCUGAUAUUUGAAAAAAAAGAAAGCAGCAACGACCAUGACGUCCAUACUGGAUAUGAAGCCAGGUCCGCCCGAUUAUUGGGCGGACGUUUAUAACUUCUUUUUGCCGCUGAAGUACUUCAUUAUAAAUGAACGUUUCGAUGCGCUGAUGAAGCAUGUGGAUUUGAACUAUUUGCUCAAUGCAUUGUUCUGGAUAUUUCUCUUUUUUGCCGGAGGUUUCAUUGGAUUCUAUAAAAUAUUUGAGGUUUUCUUAAAAACGUCCAACAUAAAGUUUUACAAACGCAAACAAUUUGCUCGCUCCGUUUGGAAUAUUUCUUUCUAUGCCGCUUGUACACUUUUCCUUUAUUUCUACAAUGAAUUGAUGUUGUUGCCACAGCUGUCUAAAAAUCAAGGACGUUAUUCUUUGUUUUAUUCCUCGGAGAAUAUGAUUUUCUACAAAUCGCAACAAUGUGAAAAAUUUCAAUUCUAUUCGCUAUUUAUAAUAACAUUUUAUUUACAUAAUGCCAUAUUGGAUUUUAAGGAAUCCGAUUAUCUAGAGGCUUGCUCAAGGACGCUCUAUUUACUUGCACUGGUGGCCAUUGAUGUAUACAAAUAUGAAAACUAUUUUGUCGGCCUGAAUCUCAGCUUAGGCGUCUACAAUAUACUUACAGAGACUCUCUUUUUAUUAGCUUUAAUCAAUUCGAAUGGUAGCCGGUUGUUGUUCCAAGUCUUUUUGGGUCUACGCAUAGCCUCUUGGUCACACGUAUUCAUCAGCUUGCUACCAUUCAAAUAUUUAGUUCCUACGUUAUUUGCCAAAAAUUUUAAAAUUAUAUUAAAUGUUGCAAUUUGGUUAUGGUAUGGGCUAUCAAUAUGGAAUUCACCAGUGUUGCAGUAUUUUUAUCAUCAAAUAUACCACUCAUCGCCCGUGGAUUGUUCAGGAGAAGGGUCAGCUGCAAAAUGCAUCUUGCUGAAGGAUUCGAGCGAACAUCGCCACUUUAAAACACUCAAAAAGGCUUAUAUGGAAGUAAAACUAGCACAAGAGAAACUAAAAAUUAGCACGUUAGCCAAUUCGUCUGCUUCGGAGAGUUCCUGUACAUCGGCCAAAGCCUUCCAAGCAAUUAAAUGCAUAAUGACUUUAAAGCGAAAAUUGAAACGUAUACGCGAAGGUCGUGGUUCGGAAAUGGAAAUGGAGAAUGACACCGAAGACAUGGCUAAUGAAUAGAUGUGAAAACUAUCUAUUGAACUAACGUGUGCUUCUUGUCGUGUUAUUUGCAAAACUGU